GGAUGAGGAGGAGCCGGAGGGGGCUGCAUGGCUCCCCGCGGCACUAGUUAGGGAGGAAGCUGCGGCCCGAGGAGGGGGUGCGCAUGCGGAGGUGGGGGUGCAGCAGCCCUCCGUUGCGUCAGUACGGCAACCAGAGGUGGCAGUACGGCAACCAGAGGUGGCAGUACGGCAACCAGAGGUGGCAGUACGGCAACCAGAGGUGGCAGUACGGCAGCCGGACAGCGAAGAGGAGGUGGAGGAGGAGGCCGCUGAUGCGAGUGAGCCAGCACCCGAUGCCGAGUGCUGGCUGUGCUACGGAUCUGGACGUGUCGUACAUCGCUGUACUGCUGCUGCCACUACCACUGCCACUACCACUGCUGCGGAAAGCGGCAGCAGUAGCGACAGUGCAGCGGAGGGCGGCAGCAGUGGCGGUGGUGGCAAUGGCGGCAGUGGCGGUGGUGGCAGUGGCGGCGGCAGUGGUGGGGUGCAGCUGCCGCCCCCGCCAGACGACCACGAGGCGCUGGUGGCCCCCUGCGGCGUGUGCGCGGGGGGGCUGCGACACAUCCACCGGGGCUGUCUGCGGCGGUGGCUGGACAGCAGUGGCGCACUGGACUGCCCCAACUGCAAGACACCGUACGACAGCUCCAUGCUAGACGCGCUUGUCGGCCCCGACCCUCUCCGCUCGCUGCUGCUGGCCGCCUGCCCACCGGGACACGAGCUGCGCCGGCCCCUGCCGUACGGCAGCCGUGUGUAUGUGAGCCACGGAGGGGUGGCGGCGGUGGCGGCCGCUGAGGAGGUGGUCAUGCACUGCGGGGG